AACAGUAUGCCCAGAGCUGAAAACUUUAAAAUUGGAUACCCUCAAUCCCGAUCGGUAAAUUAAUCUGGAGAUUAAUAACAAGAGGAGAACAAGUGUUAUUUAAUCUGGAAUUUCAGACUGAAUUCAUGCGAAAAUAUGUCCGAGCUGCCAAAACUGAUUUUAAUCUUCAGUGGUAAACGAAAAUCCGGGAAGGAUUAUAUCACAGAUUUAUUGCAAGAUUAUGAACAACUUUUGUCCGCUGGUGAAUACAAGGAAAAAUACAGGGUGGCAAUGUUAGAAUGGUCUGAGGCCAUACGACGAGAAGAUUAUACAUACUUCUGUAAAGCAGCGAUCAGUAAGUAUUCUGCUGAAAAGUUUCCUGUGUGGAUUAUCAGUGAUGCUAGGAGACUAACAGAUCUUCAGUUCUUCAGAUACCUGGAUACAGUUGAGGAGUGGAACGAGUGGAACUUCAGGUGGUUUUAUCGAUUUAAAUUGUUUAUUGAUUCCGUCCAAAAUUUCAGAAAAAUGGAUAACCCUAGUUUGGUUUUUAUGUUAAGCGGAAAGCGGAAAAGUGGAAAAGAUUUUCUAGCAGACUACCUGAAAGACCGUAUCGGAGACAGAGCUAUUAUAAUCCGUAUUGCUGCUCCCAUCAAACUUAGCUAUGCAAACCAUCUGAAGUUAGAUUUCAAGCGGUUGCUAUCAUCAGAUUCAUACAAGGAAGAUAUCAGAAUAGAAAUGCUUGAAUAUCAGAACAAAAUAAUGGCUAAGGAUGGAGCAUUUUUCUGUCGAGAAGCCAUCAGAAUGUACUCUGCGUAUCAGUUCCCAAUAUGGAUUGUUAGCGAUCUUAGGAGACGGCAGGAGCUUAACUUUUUUAGGGAAAUGUUUAAAGAGAAAGUAGUCACUAUCAGGAUCCAUGCUUCAGAUAUUACAAGGAUUAAUAGAGGUUGGAUAAGAACGCACGGAGUGAAUGAUUCUCCCUCAGAGUGCGCGCUAGACUCAGAGACAACUUGGAACUAUAGGAUAACAAAUAACGGAGCUGAAGAAGAUGGUAGAGAUCAAUUGGAACCUCUUUUAAACCUGGCGAAAGAAAACGCGUGUGAUUGAUUGAUUUAUUUUGAAAUUAUGUUCCGCAAUUUUGUAAAUUGAAUAACUUACUUUUAUUUUCAGAUAA